UCACUUAAGAGAUGGAUUAAGACUAAAUAAAUUUGAUAAUUAAACUUUGAUUAAAAAAAGCAUGUCAAGCCAAAGUACACCUCAGAAUAUUACAGACAAGGUUGAAGAAAUGGCUGAUCAAGCUCAGAUGAAGAAGGAUGAGAUGAUGAGCCAAACAUCCAUGAACUCUCAGUCUUCUGAUCAGAAUGCUAGUUAUACUUCUCAGGCCUCCAACUUACUUCAACAGACAGGAGAGCAAAUGAAGAACAUGGCACAAGGAGCUGCUGAAGCAGUAAAGAACACUUUGGGAAUGAACAAUGCUACUAAUAAUGCUUCUAAUGCCCCGGACACCAACCAUCCAAGUAACCCAUUUUCCAGGGGUUGAAUUUUUCCUUACCCGGGUAAUUUACAUUUGAGGUCACAGAAUUUAGCAUCAAUUAUCAUGUACGUCACGUAUUUUUAAUUUUAUCGAAUUAAGUCGAUCAAUUUUAAUUAUUAAUAAAUUAAUUUCUGUAUGUUAAUUUCAUUAAGUAAUUUUAAUGGAAAAAUUUGACUCGGUAAACUUCAUUCUGAUAUACAUUCCGAGCUUGCUUUGACAUUAAAGUUAUUUAACGAAAUUAACAUAAAUUACUUAAUUUGUUAAUAAAAAAAAGUAUGAUGAUAAAAUUCGAUGAAAUUAACGAUUUGUGUCCUAUAUGAAAAUUGAUGUUAAGUUUAAUAACCUAAGAUGUAAAUUAUCCUUUCCUCAAAGCUUUUCUGCUUUGACUUGCUAGAGCAUUUGCUAUUAUAAUUUUAUAAAUAUAAUUAUUUUUUUCAUUUUUUUUAUUUUUUGAAUUUGAGAUGUAAAAGGCUCUCUUGUAGUCUCCAUGCUUUAAAAAUAAAAUUGAAUUUGUUAAGAUUUAAAA